UCCGCGCUUCGGGAGCCCAAGUUGCUCUGCGGGACCUACGGGCUUAGUGACCGGCUGCCGAGCGCGUGCUGCGCGACCGCCGCAGAACUCCCGCGACAGGUGCGAACUCAGGGGAUCCGCUGCACCGUCCGGUCCUUGCCGUCGGGGUGUCGCUCCCGGGCACUGCCGGCCGCGAGUGGAUGCGCGUACGCUGAGCGUCCGAGAUGGCCGUGCGACCCGGGCCGCUCUGGUUGCUGGGCCUGGCUCUGUGCGCCCUGGGCGGUGGCCACGGCCCGCGUCCCCCACACACCUGUCCCCAGCGUCGCCUAGGAGCGCGCGAGCGCCGAGACAUGCAGCGAGAGAUCCUGGCGGUGCUCGGGCUGCCUGGGCGGCCCCGACCCCGUGUACCACCCGCCGCCUCCCGGCAGCCAGCGUCCGCGCCCCUCUUCAUGCUGGACCUGUAUCACGCCAUGGCCGAUGACGACGACGGCGGGCCCCCACAACCUCACUUGGGUCGCGCCGACCUGGUCAUGAGCUUCGUCAAUAUGGUGGAGCGCGACCGUACCCUGGACUACCAGGAGCCGCACUGGAAGGAAUUCCGCUUUGACCUAACCCAGAUCCCUGCUGGGGAGGUUGUCACAGCUGCUGAGUUCCGGAUAUAUAAAGAGCCCAGCACCCACCCGCUCAACACAACCCUCCAUGUCAGUAUGUUCGAGGUGGUCCAGGAGCACUCCAACAGGGAGUCUGACUUGUUCUUUUUGGAUCUUCAGACGCUCCGAUCUGGGGACGAGGGCUGGCUGGUGCUGGACAUCACGGCAGCCAGUGACCGCUGGUUGCUGAACCACAAGAAGGACCUGGGACUCCGCCUCUAUGUGGAAACCGAGGAUGGGCACAGCAUGGAUCCUGGCUUGGCAGGUCUGCUGGGACAACAGGCACCACGCUCCAGACAGCCUUUCAUGGUCACCUUCUUCAGAGCCAGCCCGAGUCCUGUGCGGGCCCCUCGGGCAGUGAGGCCUCUGAAGAAGAGGCAGCCAAAGAAAACGAACGAGCUUCCCCAUCCCAACAGACUCCCAGGGAUCUUUGAUGAUGGCCACGGCUCCCGAGGCAGAGAUGUUUGCCGUAGGCAUGAGCUCUAUGUCAGCUUCCGGGACCUCGGCUGGCUGGACUGGGUCAUCGCCCCCCAAGGCUACUCAGCCUAUUACUGCGAGGGGGAGUGUGCCUUCCCACUGGAUUCCUGUAUGAAUGCCACCAAUCAUGCGAUCUUGCAGUCCUUGGUACACCUGAUGAAGCCAGAUGUCGUCCCCAAGGCCUGCUGCGCACCCACCAAACUGAGUGCCACCUCUGUGCUCUACUACGACAGCAGCAACAACGUCAUCCUGCGCAAGCACCGCAACAUGGUGGUCAAGGCCUGCGGCUGCCACUGA